UUCAGUUGUGGUGGGGGAAGGGGUCGUUGAAGUUGAUGGAACCGCCAUCUUGAAAAGUGCCCUCUGAUGGUCUACCUUUUCGCGCCUGUCAGAAUCACUUGUAAACAUAUUUUUUUUCUUAGGAUUUGAAUGUUCCUCGCUUUUAACACUUUAGGCUAAUGGAUCAAUAAGCUACAUGCCGGGGACUCGCCAUAUACCGCUGUUUAUCGGUACGUACUUGCUAUUCCGAGGAGACACGAACAGCACUGGACCAGCUAACUCGCUAACCGGAGCAACACUAACUUUAGCAUUUUUCCGUUAGCUCCCGGUGUGCGUUGAUCUGUUGAGGCCGAGGUGGUCGUUCUGCUGCAUGUGUCCUGUGUCCAAAGGUCUCUCGUCACUGCUGUCUGUGAAGCCUGUAAUGGGCCAGAACUCCCAAAGAGCACAAGCAUUAUUUUAUUUUUAACCUCUGGACGGACUACCCCAGUCAGAAGCAUCAUGUUUUGGAAGUUUGAUCUACACACAACGUCUCACAUUGACACCCUCCUGGAGAAGGAGGAUGUGACUCUGACUGAGGUGAUGGACGAGGAGGAUGUUCUGCAGGAGUGCAAGGCCCAGAACCACAAGCUGGUGGACUUCCUGGUGCGGCCUCAGUGCAUGGUGGACCUGGUCACCUACAUCACACAGGAGCCAAGUGAUGAUGUAGAGGAGAAGAUCAAGUACAAGUACCCCAACAUAUCGUGUGAACUCCUUACCUCGGACGUUGGACAGAUCAAUGACAGACUGGGAGAAGAUGAAAGUUUGCUGAUGAAACUUUAUGGGUUUUUGCAAAGGGACUCUCCACUCAACCCUUUACUGGCCAGCUUCUUCAGCAAGGUCCUUAGCAUCCUCAUCGGCAGGAAACCAGAACAGAUUGUGGAGUUUCUGCGGAAGAGGGAAGACUUUGUGGACUUAAUGAUUAAACACAUAGGGACCUCCGCCAUCAUGGACUUGCUGCUCAGAAUGCUUACCUGCAUUGAACCACAGCAGCUCAGACAAGAUGUCUUAAAUUGGCUGAAUGAGGAGAAGGUGAUCCAGAGGCUUGUUGAUAUGGUCCAACCUUCUCAGGAUGAGGAUAGGCACUCCAAUGCAUCCCAGUCUCUGUGUGAAAUAAUCCGCCUCAGCAGAGAUCAGAUGUUUCAAGUGCAAGGCUGCUCUGAGCCUGAUCCCUUGCUGGCCACACUGGAAAAACAAGAGACUGUGGAGCAGUUGCUAUCCAACAUCUUUGACAAAGAGAAAAAUGACUCUGCCAUAGUCAGUGUAAUUCAGAUUCUCCUGACACUCUUUGAGACACGAAGACCAGCGUUCGAAGGCCAUUUGGAGAUCUGUCCCCCUGGUAUGAGCCACCCAUCCUUCUCAGUCAAUCAGAGCAUUCUGGAGGCUGUCAGGCCCAGGCUCAAAGACUUUCAUCAACUGCUGCUGGAACCCCCAAAGAAGAAUAUCAUGAAAACCACAUGGGGCAUGCUGGACCCCCCAGUGGGCAACACCCGGUUGAGUGUGGUCCGUCUUGUGGCCAGCCUCCUGCAGACCAACACUCAUAUUAUCAACAUGGAGCUGAUAAACCUCAACACUCUUGGAGUCAUACUUGACAUGUACUUCAACUAUAUAUGGAAUAACUUCCUGCAUAUACAAGUUGAAAUCUGCACUGCGAUGAUCCUAGCAAUGCCCCCAGCCCAAAGUGAAAACCCCGAAAUCAACAGAGAUCAGGACCAAGAGCCUGUCAGAGAAAGCCACCUCAUCAAACACCUGUUUCAGAAGUGCCAGUUUAUCCAGAGAAUUCUUGAUGCAUGGAGCUCCAAUGAGAAGGAGCAGGCUGAGGGUGGACGUAGACGGGGCUACAUGGGGCACUUGACCAGAAUAGCCAACUCAAUAGUGCACAACAGCGACAAGGGCCCCAAUGGUGCAAAGAUACAGCAGCUCAUCUCAGAGCUCACAGAGGAUGACAAAGAGAGAUGGGAAGCCUUCACUUCUGGUCAGCUAGCUGACACAAACAAGAGAAACACUGUAGACCUAGUGAACACACACCAUAUUCACUCAUCCAGUGAUGAUGAGGUAGACUUCAAGGACAGCGGAUUCCACCAGGAUUCCUCUCUACAACAGGCCUUUUCUGAUUAUCAGAUGCAACAAAUGACGUCCAAUUUUAUUGAGCAGUUUGGCUUCAAUGACGAAGAGUUUGCCGAUCAGGAUGAUGUCGUGGAUAUUCCCUUUGAUAGAAUAUCAGACAUCAAUUUUUCCUUGAAUACAAAUGAAAGUGCAAAUAUAGCUCUGUUUGAGGCCUGCUGUAAGGAGAAGAUCCAGCAGUUUGAAGAUGCAGGCUCUGAUGAGGAGGACAUCUGGGAUGAGAAAGAUAUCACUUUCGCACCUGAAGCUCAGAGAUGUCCUCGGAGCUCUGGCAGUACAGAUAGUGAGGAGAGCACAGACUCUGAGGAGGAGGAUGUGAAACGUGAUCCCUUUGAGCCUAACAACGCCAGCUCUGAUGACAGAAUGGAGGUGGACACGGGUGAGGGGCCUGUGUGGACAGCUAACUUUGACGACAUACCCAUGGACACUGGGAGUUCUACGUCGAUCAGAGCACCUGCCCCAGCCACCACUACUGCCACAGCAUCCCCUUCCUCCCCUGCAGUCCUACCAGAAUCUGCUGGCUGGAGCUCCCCCAAUGCUUCCCCUGACACAGCCACGGGCUGGGCAGACUUCUCUAGCAACUUCUCACCAGUCAACCCCAAAGAUCCUUUGAGGAACAAUUCCCCAGUAGCGAUGGAGACCUGCAUAGGGACAGGAGACCCCUUGGGUGUCAACGCACCAAUGCAGCCUGAAGUUUCUGACCAGUGGCCAGGUGACGAGGCAGCCCAGCCAGCCAGCUCCCCUGGAAGGAAAGCCGGAGGCUCGGACGCGGAGGAGACUAUCACCACUGAGACGGUCACCAAUGGAUCCAUGAAGGAGACAGUUAGCCUUACUGUAGAUGCCAAAACUGAAACGGCUGUUUUCAAGAGUGAGGAUGAGAAGUCUACCUCAGAAGACACAUCUGUGAAGUACACUGUGGGGGAGAGUAGAACACCUGAGAAGGGUGUGUCUGCAUCAGUCCAGCCUGCCAGCAACUGUUUGAAACCAAGCAGUGCAAAACAUUCAGAUACAGAAAAAUCUAAAGUCUCCAGUGAUGCUGUUAAUGGUCCUCUAGAAGAAGGAACAGCAAUGGACAAAGCCAAAACACAGCAGAGUGUGACCUCACCGGAGGCAGCUGUGAACGGCCCGGUGUGAUAUGUGGUUCCUGCCAGCCUGUUCCUGCAACUCACAGCUCUCUGCCUGGAUCACCAGUAGAGGGCAGUGCAAGCCCAGUCAGAGCUGCUGCUGCACUAACUUCAACAGAUCAGGACCAGCAAUAUUCAUUAUAGGCUAUUACAGACAGUUGUACAGAAAGUUGGAACUGAAUGAAGAGCGAAAUGUAAUGGAUACAGAAUUUUUUUUUUUUUUUUGCAUUCGUUUAUAUACUAUUGUUCUUAUGAGGUUCUGUCCAUCUUGCCACUCAGUUAAAUAGUAAUGUUGAUAUAGUUAAAAUGAUUGUAUGAAUAAAAUAUUUUAUAAAAAAAUGUAUACAGUAACAGAAGAUUCAUAACUGAAAUAUACCAAUUGGAACACUUAGUGUGACCAAAAGCUGUUUUUGAUAGGGUUUCCUCCUGCACAAAAUUAAAUUUCCUACUAAAUACAAUAGCUGCCAUGAAAUAUUAAUUGAUUGGAAACCAAUGUUGGUCUAUUUGUCAGUACGCUUGUUAGUAGGGAUUCAGAAUGAUUUUUAAAUAUUCAAAGUUUAUUUUGCCACAGGUAUUAUUUUGUAAAUGUUUCUUGUAUCCUUUCAACAUGAGCAAGAUUUGAAAACCUUUGGUAUAGUUUUAACUUAAUUUAUUAUUAAGGUAGAUGAUACUUAGAGCCAGACACAUGGGGUGUAUGCAUUCCGCAGAUUCUGUUGCAAAACAUUUUUUUUUUAAUUAGGCAUUUCUUAACGGAAUGGGGAGGGACCUACCUGAAUUUGUCCAAUAGAAACUAAUUUUAAUCUGUUUUGGUUCUUAACUAAACAGUUUGCGUAAUGAAUACACCCAUGUUCUCUCCCCCUUGACAACAUUAAACUGUACAAACCCCACGAUGAAUAACUGUAGAAGAUGGUUUCCAGUUGCAUGUAGCUAGUGAGUGUUAACACUGUCUGAAGGCUCGUGGUAAAUGGGUCCCAUUUUAAAACUUUUCCCGUAUCACUCAAGUCAACCUUUCUACCUGCAAAAUGAUGGGGAUGUAAUGCAUAUUCUUGGUAUUGCUUCAAUCAUGCAUCAACCAUUGAUUCUUUUUUUUAAUAAAAAGGUAUCUGUGCCAGCAA